GGAUAACAAGCGUUCCUUGACGCAUUAUUGUGUACUUCACGAAUAUAGAUAAUGUUAUAACCUUUAGAAGCCUAGGUAUCCAUCCAGUUAGCAGCGAGGAUGAACUACGUACAGUGGCUGGUUCUCGUCGCUGUUUUAGUAAAAGGUUCCGCAGAUCAGUGCCUCAGCAGAAACUAUGGAAAUGGGGGAACAGUAUGCGUUUGCAAUGCUGAACACUGUGAUACCGUUCGUCUCGAAAGCCAUAUACCAAAAAACAAGGCCUUGGUAUAUACAUCCAACAAAGAUGGACUGAGGUUUCAGAAAACACUACAUCAAAUUGUUUCUAAAGAAAAAGGUUUUGACGAUGAAAUAAUCGUUGGAAACCAAACAUUUCAAGAAAUUGUUGGGUUCGGUGGAGCCAUAACUGAUUCUACUGCGAUGAAUAUUUUGUCGAUGGAUAAGAAACUUCAAGAAGAAAUAUUAAGAUCAUAUUACUCCAAAGAUGGGAUAGAAUAUAAUCUAGCUAGGGUGCCAAUUGGAGGUACCGAUUUUUCAUCCCGUAAAUAUACCUACGUGAGCGAAAAGGUGGAUCCACAUCUGAAGAGCUUCAAGCUACAACCCGAAGAUGUCAAAUACAAGGUACGGAAUAGAUAUAAAUGACUAAGAAUAAGCAAACUUUGUUAUCGAAAAAUAGAGAUC